UUUGAAGAUGACGAUACGCUGAAGGCCUGUCUGCGCAUGUUCCUCGAUUUGGACUUUGUUGAACGUUUUCACAUUGACUACGAAGUGCUUUGCCGUUGGCUGCUGAGCGUUAAGAAGAAUUAUCGCAAUGUUACUUAUCAUAAUUGGCGACAUGCCUUCAAUGUGGCUCAAAUGAUGUUUGCCAUACUAACGGCGACGCAGUGGUGGAAAAUUUUCGGCGAAAUCGAAUGCUUGGCAUUGAUCAUUGGUUGCUUGUGUCACGAUUUGGAUCAUCGGGGGACUAAUAACUCAUUCCAAAUCAAAGCCUCCUCACCAUUGGCUCAACUAUAUUCGACAUCCACAAUGGAACAUCAUCAUUUCGAUCAGUGUUUAAUGAUUUUGAACAGCCCUGGCAAUCAAAUAUUAGCCAAUCUGUCAUCUGAUGAUUACUGUCGGGUUAUACGGGUAUUGGAGGAUGCCAUUUUAUCAACAGAUUUGGCGGUGUAUUUUAGAAAACGCGGCCCAUUUCUGCAAUCCGUACAAGAACAGCCGCUCAGCUAUUGGGAGGCUGACGAACCCCGUGCUCUGCUACGUGCUAUGAGCAUGACUGUCUGUGAUUUAUCGGCCAUUACAAAACCAUGGGACAUUGAGAAACGUGUGGCCGAUUUAGUGAGCUCGGAGUUCUUCGAGCAAGGCGAUAUGGAGAAACAGGAAUUGAAUAUAAUGCCCAUUGACAUUAUGAAUCGCGAGAAGGAGGAUGAAUUGCCCAUGAUGCAAGUUAACUUCAUUGAGUCAAUAUGCCUGCCAAUUUACGAGGCUUUUGCAAACCUCUCCGACAAACUGGAGCCACUGGUCGAAGGUGUGCGCGAUAACCGCGAGCAUUGGAUCGAAUUGGCGCAACAAGUACAAAAUAAAGAGAAAGCAGCAAUUAGCAGCACCAAUGGUGCCGUCGACACCCCAAAGCAGAAUGGCUGCAUUUCCGAUGAACGCAGCGAUGUGACUGAUGACUUAGGUACGACGACAACCAUUGCCAAUUGUGACAGCAACGCCGAUGAUGGCAUAUCAACAGGCGCUGAGUGUGAGACAGAUGAACAAAUCGAUGGUAAAAAUACAAAAAACAACAGCAACGACGACGACGAUGAUAACGACGACGAAGAUGAGCACUUGUGUGCAGAGGAAGAAGAGGCAGGCAUUGAAGCGGAUGAUGAUGAUUCCGACAUGGAGGCGUCACGUCAUUCCAACGGCUGCUUCUCAUCUGGUUCGAGCCGAUUGAGCACGCCACCACCCACAGGCGAAGACGACAGCGUACCCACCUCACCGGCUAAAAUGACGCAGGCCAAGUUAAUUGCCGCAAAUUUGAAUAAUUUGAAUCAACGGACCCUGAAGUCAACGAGCAACUGCUGUCGCAGCUGUGAGAAUGCGCGCUGCAGCAAUCAUAAGCGGAAGGCCUCCUCGCUCAAGGGAACCAAAGAAUUGCAACAACAACUGAGCGCACAAGCACAAAAUGGGGGCGGCAGUUCUGGCUAUCACACCCGUAGUACGCCCUCGGUGAAUAUGACGAUGACGACGACGACGACUGCAAAUACAUCAAAUGGCGCGCAGCAAAAUCACAGCAGCAAUACACAUCAUCAUCAUCAUCAUCACCACCACCACCGUCGUCAUAGUCACCACCACUACCAUCACCAUCAUCACCUCCACAGUAAUCAGCAUUCGACGCAUAGUGGCAAUGGUGGCGGCAGCGGUGGCGGUGGCGGCACGGGUACCGGCAACACAUCGAGCGGCGCCGAAAGUGAUAGAAUACCAAAAAUAGUCGGUAAGCUGGGUAAUAUCGAUAGUCUGCAAUAUCUCGCAGAUGGUGGAAAUGGCGCUGCUGAGGCGCUACUCCAUGCCAAUGCUGGUAGUGGUACACCAAAUGGCAUUGCAUUCACACCGAAUGGUCAUGUCACCUAUUUUGCUGCCAGUGAUGUGCCCGCGUUGACAACGGCGGCGAGUGUUGUGGCACCGGUGGUAGCGGCGACAGUGACACCGACAAUGGCGGCGACGGCGGCGACAAGCGCAUGUGAUAAAUGAAGAGUUUGAGGAGUAGUCUAAGCGAAAGCUUUAGAAGAUUUGAGUUCUUUUCGUAUAAAAGCUAGCUAACUACAAGUAGUAUGUAUGUAUUAUUAGCUGUAAUUGAGAUACGGACGUUUACAUAGACACUUUCGUUGGUUGCUGACGGUCAAUAGGUGCAUUGCUCUCUGAUCGAUGACACAAAUAUAAAAUCCUUUUGUAUUAGUGAAGUAUGUACAUUGUACAUAUGUAU